GCCCCUGGAGUCCUGGACCUGGUCUAGGCCCAGGUUCUGGACCUGUCAUGGACGAGUGUGCGCUGGAGCGAUACUUUGACGACUCGAUUGCGAAUGAAUCCAGCUUCACUUUGGGGGAGGAGCUUGACAGCCAAAGCCCUGCACACCCUGUACAUCCAGGUGAGGGGGCGGAGCCUAGUGGUGAGGUAAGGGCGGAGCUGGACCUAAGUUUCCUCCCAGAUGAACUUGGAAUGCAGGACGAGGCCGACACAGGUGACGCAGCAGCCAAUCAGACGGCAGUUCUGGACACAUCCCAGGACAGUGGCGUGGGCCUGGAAUUCAACUCCCAGGAUUCCACGGCGGCAGCAGCAGCUGGCCUUCCGCAGGUGUCGACAUCAUUAGGACAGGACAUACCCUUCUGCCCUAUGACCCCCAUGACCCCGGUGACCCCGGUGACCGAGAGAUCAGGCAUCAUCCCCCAGCUGCAGAACAUCGUGUCUACAGUGAACCUGGGUUGUCCUCUGAACCUGAAGUUCAUUGCAUUACAGGCAAGAAACGCCGAGUACAACCCCAAGCGCUUCGCCGCCGUCAUCAUGCGGAUCCGUGACCCUCGGACCACCGCUCUGAUCUUCAGUUCGGGAAAGAUGGUCUGCACCGGCGCCAAGAGUGAGGAGCAGUCACGGUUGGCGGCCCGGAAGUACGCCCGUGUGGUCCAGAAGCUGGGCUUCCCGGCCCGGUUCCUGGACUUCAAGAUCCAGAACAUGGUGGCCAGCUGUGACGUGUGCUUCCCCAUCCGCCUGGAGGGCCUGGUUCUGACCCACCAACAGUUCAGCAGUUAUGAGCCGGAGCUGUUCCCAGGUCUCAUCUACCGGAUGGUCAAGCCUCGGAUCGUCCUCCUCAUCUUUGUGUCGGGGAAGGUGGUUCUGACAGGGGCUAAAGAUCGAGCUGAGAUCUACGAGGCAUUUGAGAACAUCUACCCGAUCCUCCGAGGCUUCAGGAAGCAGUGAGGACAACCCCUAACCCCUGACCUCCAACCCCUGACCUUUGUGUUAGUGUGUACAUGGAUGAGUCAGUGUGUGUAUUCAUCUGUUGUGUGUUUUCUUUUGUUGCAUCAGAACGGUGAAUCUGAGUUGAUUCAACUGUUCUCAUCCAUCAAACCGGAUCAAUAAUGUUCAAACAUUAUUAUUAUUAUUAUUAUUAUUAUUAUUAUUAUUAUUAAUAAUAAUAAACUGUUCUGUUUUUCA